CGAUGUGACAAAGAAGGAGGAGGAGGAGAGUUCGAUCCGGACACCCCCUUCUUUGCUUCCGUCUUGCUUACUGUUUUUUGUGCAGAUCGGUAUAACAUGAAGAUGCACGCGCGGAUGUUACGCUUCGAAGCUUAUCCAUCUGCACUGUUUAUUUCUCUCUGCAUCUCGAUCUCGAGGAGAGGGAUGGCGGUAUGCAGUAUAGACGAUGCAACCACUGCGUACGGACGUAUGAACCUUGCCCAUCGCAUUAAGACAGGACAAGCAUCAUCAGGUAGGGAGUCCGUGGUUAAAUUUCCAUGGCAUUACAUGGUGCCAGUAUUGCAGUUCGCCGGAAAGAACUCAACAUUCAAUCAGGUGUUUGUUAUCUGCAUUGCAUUCCAAGUUGCAAUCAUGCCACUCGCGAUCUUGCGAUAUGCAUGGUAGUUCAAUAACCGGCCUCGCUCACCGGCUAAUUUACCCCAACUGUGCUCUUCCACGUGGUCGCCUUCCUUCUUAGUCGCGUGCGCAGGUAAUAUUCGCUGUCCCGAUUAGGAUUCUAGGUGUCCUACAGUAGUGGUUCGGUUGAUUCGCCA